AUGGCCGAGUUCCGAGAAAGCAACACUUCGCUGGCGAGAAACGACUUGCGUGGACUUGCACAGCGAUGUCGGCUCUUCCGAGACCUCUUUUCGACUGUCUACGAUGCACGCGGACGCAGACAUGCCGAUGCUUCAGUGCGGGCCGAUGGAGAUGCCAGGCUGCAUGAUGUCGAAGCCGCCCUGGGAUCGCUGGAACGCACCCUGUUCCCGUUCUUUCGCCACGACCGUCGCAUCAACUCGGUUCCAAAGCUGCUGCAGAGCUUCAGGGACCAGCGCGGCAUUGUGAUCUCGGUGGGAAACACACACUAUCGGUUUGCCCUCCACCUCGUCACGACGCUUCGCGAAGUACUCGGCUGCAGUCUCCCGAUCGAGAUGUACUAUUACGGCAGCGGCGAUCUGGAUGCCGACAAGAUCCAGACGCUCCGCAGCAUCGGCGGGGCCGGUGGGAUCAGUGUCAUCGAUAUCUCGUCAAGGCUUGGGCCCGUGGAGGUGAGCGGGUGGUUCAUGAAGCCUUUCAUGAUCCUGCUCUCAACCUUCCGUGAGGUCAUCUUCAUGGACGCCGAUGCGCUGUUCCUGCAGGAACCAAGCGUACUGUUUCAGCACAAGGGCUAUCUCCAGACCGGAGCGCUGUUCUUUCGGGACCGCAGCAUGCAGUUUGACGCCGAAACGGGGCGAUAUAGCAGCUACGUCCGCAACAUCAUCGGGGAGCCCUCCGAAUACGCCAUGAAAGGCCGCAUCUUCCGGCACCUGAGCAUCUACGAGAUGGACUCUGGCGUGGUGGUGCUUGACAAGGCCCGCACGGCCCACGAGCUGCUGCUGAUUUGCUUGAUGAACACGGACUACUUCAACUCGGACUUUAUCACAGUGUUCCACGGCGACAAGGAGACGUUCUGGGUUGCCUUCGAGGCCAUGGGAUCGCCGUAUUACUUCAACCCGCCGGGCGGGGGAGCACUUGGGUAUCUCGAAGAAGGUACAGGUCGCAUCUGCGGCAGCCUCUAUCAUCCCGACGAGCACAUGGACCCAUUGUGGAUCAACAGCGGAAUCAUUCCGGACAAGAAAACUGGAGAGAGUAUCCCAAUCAAUCUCACGCACUGGGCCACCGAUACGACCUGGCUGCCGCUCAGCUGGGGAUAUGGGGCUCUUACGUCGUGCCUAUGUAUCAAGUCGGCACAGCCCGAGAUUGAGACUGGGAAACUGGAGGGGCGGUAUCUGGAAAGGGCUCGAGGUCUGACAUCAGUUUGGCUGAGAUUGAACGAGAACAAAACCUCGGCCCCCUAA